AUGAGAAGCGCCUGUAAGUGCUUCCAGAGCGUGCUGGAAUGGCCAGAAGACGCGGACUUUACGCAGAUACGCCGUGCGCUCCUGGUCCGUCUGCGGAGACGUGCUAGUCGACGGUUGUGCGCCUUGGGUCUGCAUCUCAUGAUGCAGAACGAGAAGACGGCGCGCGUCCUACAGCUGUUGGUGGGCAAAGAAGAGAUCAUGGGGCCGGCAGUUUCUGCGGCCUCUCUGCUCUUGGACGACAGACCUUCCCGGGUCGUACAGCUGCCGUGA